AUGGGUCGACUACAGCAAUGCUUUCUCACGCUUUCGAUCCUUUGCCUCAAAAAUGUUCUGUGCUCUGGGCCCCGAGAGAUAACCUGGUCGGAUACAAAGUUUGGACCUGAUGGCCCUUGGCAAGCGGUCAUUGUGUCCAUGGGGAGCAACUACUCCGACCUUGUUGUGCCUUCAUCGGUAGUGGCAUUGUACCCUGGGGGUAGUUGGGACAGUAAAAUAUUACUCUCUUCCAUCUGUGAUAACAAAACUCUCUCGUCUGUGUGCUAUGGGAAUACAGCGGGUCUUUUUGACAGCGACAUUUCAGUCACCUAUGACAAUACUUCAAUCGAAUUACCCCCAUACGGGCCAUGGAGUGAUCUGGAUUGGGGAUAUACAGACGCGGUUCCAGUCUAUGCCUCAGCAACACGGGCUACGGACUGGAUGACCAUUGGCGGUGUUCCCAUUCCUGAUGUUGACCAGAUCACCAUAUCUGCUGGAUGGCAGACUUACCCUGGUGGAAAGACAUACCCUCUAGAAGUUGGAACACUUUCUCUUGGAAUUUCAAAUAUCAAUCAGACAUUCGGGGCUGAGAUCAAAAUCAACACAACCUUUGUCCCCAGCUACCUAUACGACCAGCGGGGCUCCACAAACAUACCAUCAUAUUCUUAUGGGAUGCAUAUUGGGUCUGCAUCUCUGGGAAUCCCUGGCUCGCUUCUUCUCGGAGGCUAUGAUCAGAAUAGAGUCAUUGGAGAUGUGUCUGCUCAGUCAUUUUCAAGUGGAAGCUUUCCGAUUGAGUUGUAUGAUAUGAGUCUUGGGGUGGCGGAGGGUGGAUCACCUUGGAGCUACGUCAAUAAGACUGGUCUCCUGGCUCAAGGAAACUCCACUCCGGAUUCAGGUCCCCAGGUUAUCGUGGAUCCAGUCAAUCCAUACAUAUAUCUGCCUCAAAGCUCAUGCGAUGCGAUAGCUGCUGAGUUACCCGUCACGUAUGAAGCCGAUUAUGGCCUCUAUUUUUGGAACACAACUGACUCGCAGUACGACAAAAUUGUGACAUCGCCAGCCUAUUUGGCUUUCAAGUUUAGUAAGAAUAACCUCAAUAAUGAGGAAAUUACGAUCAACGUCCCUUUUGCGCUCCUGAAUCUCACAUUAGAGGCGCCGCUUGUGAAAACACCGACAUCAUAUUUUCCAUGUAUGGCCACCAACAGCACCCCUGUUCUCGGUCGCGCUUUCUUGCAAGCAGCUUUUGUUGGCGUCAAUUGGCUGGGUGACAAGUGGUUUUUGGCCCAGGCACCAGGACCUGGUGGCUCUUUCAUUGUCAAUCCUAUGACAAUAAGCGAAUAUGAGGUCACAAUUCCGGGAUCUUCCAACAGCUGGGAAAACACGUGGAAGUCCUCCUGGAGCGUGAUAGAAACGGAGGUGACGAAAAUCAAUAAUGCAACAAGCACCAACACCAACGGCUCGACUAUUACCUCAACUACUGAGAACAAUGGCCUCCCCACAAGCGCCAAGAUUGGCAUCAUCGUUGGUAGUACUGUAUUCGGGAUGAUGAUGUUUGCCCUUUGCAUUGGGCUGUGUAUUCGCCACCGUCGACGGCAGGAGAGAUCAGUCAAUCGAGUCCAGAGCCGUGAAAUGAAAGCAUUAUUUGACAAUUGGUCUUCAGCGCAUCAAUUGAGCCUCGUGGAAGCCCCAGAUGGUGAAUGGAACACAGUGAAUGAAUUAGACCACACCCAGCAAAAGUAUGAGAUGGGAGUAGGGAGAGGCCCCUUUUAUGAGUUAGAUCGAGAGAAAAUUCCCUUUGGUGAGUUUGGCGAUGGAAAAAUAGCUCAACAAGGUCCCUUCGAGAUGCCAGAGAGGACGUCUGUCUUGAGGUCUUCUAACUUUAUAUGA